GAAGCGGGAACCUAAACAAGACCACUAGUGUAUUGUAGAAACUGCCUACUUCAAAGGUCUACGAAUGAGGAGUUCUGUGCCAUGCAAAGGCCAUUUGUUACAGAAAUUUAUAAACGAAUGCUGGUCUAAAUGCUGGUGUAACAAGAAAUGUGGAAACCGGAUAGUUCAGCAAAGCAUCACUGUGAAGUUGCAGGUGUUUUUGACACCCGAAGGGAAGGGGUGGGGUCUUCGAACACUGGAGGACUUGCCACCAGGGGCUUUUGUUUGUGAGUAUGUUGGAGAGAUAUUAACCAACACGGAACUACAUGAGCGAAAUGUGGGAAGUCCUGGUAACAAGAAUACACGCUACCAAGUUCUACUAGAUGCAGGUUGGGGCUGGAAGGGUGUCUUGAAAGAUGAAGAGGUCCUUUGCUUGGACGCUACAGUUUAUGGAAAUGUUGCGAGAUUUAUCAAUCACAGAUGUUCUGAUGCUACCUUGGUAGAGAUCCCGGUGGAAGUGGAGACACCAGAUCAUCACUACUAUCAUAUUGCCCUUGAUGCCAUGGAGGAGCUGACUUGGGUAAGAGGGGUUAGGAGCUGACUUGGAUGCUACAAUUUAUGGAAAUGUUGCAAGAUUUAUCAAUCACAGAUGUUGUGCUACCUUGGUAGAGAUCCCUGCGGAAGUGAAGACCCCAGAUCAUCACUACUAUCAUACUGCCCUUUUCACAACAGGGAAGGUUGAUGCCAUGGAGGUUCACCAAUAUAUGAUAUGUUAUUAAUGUGUGUUUGGCAUCAUCAUCCAACUUUCAAAUGCCUAUGCUGUUUCAGGACUAGGGCAUCGACUUUCAUGACUGUGAUCAUGAUAGUGGCCAUCCCAUGAAGCCCUUCCAUUGUCUCUGUGGAAGCGCGUUCUGUGGUGAUCGUAGUGAUAUGAAGGGUGAUGUGCGCCUACUCACUUACAUCCAACGGCGACGUAGUGUGUAGCUUCAAGCAUGAUGCCCUUUAUGUUUCUAACAUAGGUAGAAUGCUUUUUUUAUUUUUAUUAAAUUACUAAUUUUGAAAUCAGUUCUGCUGUCUAAUUGGUAAAACCUAUCAGAUACCGUUUUGGUAUAUUCUUACACGCCUCAUGUGUAAAAUUCUGUUCAUUGCUCAAGCAUGGAUUAAUCCUGUAAAUAGGG